CGCGUGCGCCAGAAUCACGCCGAAAGGCAUCUUGGUAUUCUGAGUCAGGAAUUAAUUACGACAUUUUAGACAUGGAUGGUUCCUUGAGAAAUAUACAUUUAUAUGCUUACAUUUCUUAUUUUAUAUGCCUCUAAACCUAAUAACACUUGAUUUGAAACGAUUUAUUUACUUAAGAAAUGUACCAAGCUAGGUGUCGGUUACUAUGAUUCUCAGACUUUUGGGAUUUGUAGUUGUUUCACGCAGCUGCUCUGCUAAAAUACACUUGCUCGCCAUGUGGAGCCUCCAGCAGUAAGCGGGGAUACCAAUUUUCAAACCUCAAGCUAACGUUAGCUGUGUGCAGUGUUGACAGUCACCAUGUCAUUUUGUUUUAACUUCGACGUUCCUGCACAAACAACAAACCCGGAAGUCGAGGAUGAAAAUGAAUUGCAAAAAGGAAAAAAAGACACUGCUGUUAAAUCUAUGGCGGAUGAUACCAAACCAGCAGAGCGAGUAAAAGAGGCCAUAGAGCACCUUCAACUGUCUGACCCACAGUUCAUCCUUAGGGACGCUGUCACUGAAACGGUUACCAUAGGAACUCUUCCUCCUCUUCAUUUCCUCAACGAGACCGUUUUUGAAAAGACGGCCUCGGAGAGAGAGGACAGGGAGAAAAUCCUUUCUCGCACUGCGGAGCAGAGGUCUGAUCUCAUCUCUGGCGUGUACGAGGGAGGGUUGAAGGUGUGGGAGUGCACUUACGACCUUCUGGAGCUGAUUGAGAAAGACGGAGAGACCUUUGGGGGGAAGGCGGUUUUGGAUUUGGGCUGUGGCGCCGGGCUGUUGGGGAUAUUGGCUCUGCGGAGAGGAGCCACACAGGUCCACUUCCAAGAUUAUAACAGUACAGUUAUUGAACAGCUCACAGUGCCAAAUGUGAUGCUAAACUGCCAAGAGGAGGAUGAAGUAGGCAGUGAAGAUGACAAAGAAGGGCGGGUCAAGGAGGAAGAUGGUUGUGAAAAGAACGUGGAAGACAAACGUGAGGUAAACGAUGGCAACCCACCACCUAAGAAAAGAGCUGCAGACCUGUCCAAGCCCCCAUUACUAGCCAAGUGUCGUUUUUUCUCCGGUGACUGGUGCACGUUUCUUGCUUUGGUUAAGAAGGAAGACCCAAUACCCAAAUAUGACAUUAUAUUCACCUCAGAGACUAUCUACAACGCUGCAUACUACCCAGCGCUACACGAGACCCUCUGCAAACUGCUGGCGUCAGAUGGACUGGUCUACCUUGCCACCAAAUCACACUACUUUGGUGUAGGUGGUGGACUGCACCUGUUCCAGACGUUUGUGGAGCAGAGGGGUAUUUUCUCUUUGGACCACCUGUGGGAUGGGGAAGAAGGACUUCGGAGACAUGUAGUAGUCUUACGUUUUAAAAGGGCAAAGGGCAUUUGAAUAAGUAAAGCAGUCCUAGGGUUUGAUAUGCAGCUUUACUCAUGUAAUCACUGUUAAAGAAGAGUCACUGCACAGUUUUAAUGCAAAUAAAAAUAACAGAAUGUCCUUUAUUUGAAGACGGGAAGUUGUUUGUUACAGCAACCGUGGUUAAACAAGAAAAAGCUGUAAUAAAAUGUGCUUUCUCAUCCCCUU